AUGCCAGAGCAGAGCAACGAUUACCGGGUGGCCGUGUUCGGCGCAGGUGGUGUUGGUAAGAGCUCCCUGGUCUUGCGGUUUGUGAAAGGUACAUUCCGGGAGAGCUACAUCCCCACCGUGGAAGACACCUACCGGCAGGUCAUCAGCUGUGACAAGAGCAUCUGCACCCUGCAGAUCACGGACACCACGGGCAGCCACCAGUUCCCUGCCAUGCAGCGGCUGUCCAUCUCCAAAGGGCACGCCUUCAUUCUGGUGUACUCCAUCACCAGCCGGCAGUCCUUGGAGGAGCUCAAACCCAUCUACGAACAGAUCUGUGAGAUCAAAGGGGAUGUGGAGAGCAUCCCCAUCAUGCUGGUGGGGAACAAGUGUGACGAGAGCCCGAACCGCGAGGUGGAGAGCAGCGAGGCCGAGGUGCUAGCCCGCAAGUGGAAGUGCGCCUUCAUGGAGACCUCGGCUAAGCUCAACCACAACGUGAAGGAGCUCUUCCAGGAGCUGCUCAACCUGGAGAAACGCAGGACCGUGAGCCUCCAGAUCGAUGGGAAAAAGAGCAAGCAGCAGAAGAGGAAAGAAAAGCUCAAGGGCAAGUGUGUGAUCAUGUGA